UAGAUUUGGUGCGGGUUCGUUGGAUUACACUUUUUCGUCGCUACGGUGGCAAAUUGGCAUCCUGGUGGUGUACCGCCGACGGAAAGAGAAGGAUCUGAGCAUCACCGCCCAACUCCCUCCCCCUCUUUCUCUCUAGUGAUCCGUUACGCGCGGCAAAGCCCCCGUUAGAUGCGGGUGGUGCACUCGUGUGCUAUUCGUGUGUUCCUCCAAAGUGUAAAGCGCUUGCUUUACCAGCUCGCAAACGUUGUGAACAACAGUGUGAAAGUGUUUUUUUCCCCCAGACACGCAGAAUGAAGAGUGAAACGUGUGCGUGUGUCUAUGUGCUAGAGGCGAAUUAGUGAAAAGUUAAUCCAGAAUAAGAAUAGUGUGAUUACUAAAUGUGUUAAAAUCAAAAUAGAAAAAGAAAUAGUUCAAAGUGUACGUUGUGAACGAAAAAAAUAAUUGAAAAGUGUAAACACAGUGCUGAAAAAGGUGCUUAAUGUGAGAAGCUUGCUCGGUUUAACUUGAGAUUGUUCAUAAUUAAAAUUAAUGCCCGCAAACUAAGCGCGCGCAUUCACGGGUUCAAUUCCUACCCGGAUCAUCACGUAGCGGCUGCGGAAACCGUCACGUUCGUCGUGUCGUGGAUUGAUCAAUACUAAAAACACAUUGAUGAUCCUCACAAAACGACCCAGCAUUAGUCGGCCGGCUCGCCACUCAAUUAAUCAUCUUAAACGGACGCCCGUUCCGUCUCAGUGCAGCCCAUAAAGAGCUUUCGGGGAGAUGGUUACGAGAAAUUGUCAUUAAAUUAAAAUCCAGCACACACCCCUUGCCAACUAUACACACGCACACACGCAAACCACCCCCACAACAAACAUACCAACCUUCGCCACACACAGGCCAAAUGAAACCCCGAUCCGAUGAGCCAGAAAGCUCAUCAGCAGCACCAGCAUGCAAACACCGAAUGUCCACUGCACCAGCUCGCUCGAGCCCGAUCGUACCGGCGGGAAUAGGCAGCACUUGUCAGCAUCGAAGCAGCGCAGCACGUCACCAAUCGCACCGAUCGGGGCAACAGCAUCACCACCGCCAUCGCCAUCGUACUGGAUGGCCGAUGGGACCCGUGCUGGCGCUGCUGCUGGCAGCACUGUCAACACUCGGCCUGCUCACGGUCACCGUCGCGGCCGGCAGCAAAUCCGGCAGUGCUUCCAACCCUGCCACGCUCAUCGCGACCGUCGACGAACCGUCCGCGCUGGCGCUUGCCGCCGGGCAGAAACAAUCGCAACAACAGUCGUACUACAACAACAACAACAACCGUGGCGGCAAUGCACAGGGAAAACAGUGCGCCCUGUCCGAGCACACCUGCACCAACGGGCGCUGCAUUCCGUGGGACAAAUACUGCAAUAAUGUAAAUGACUGCGGCGACGGUAGCGACGAACCGCGCUUCUGCACCCGAUGCAACCGCACGUACUACGGGAACAUUGGGCUGACGUACAAUCUGGAGCUGCACCGACCGAAGGAGGACCGGAUACCCUACGUGUGCAUCCUGACGUUCACGGCGGCCGGCGGCAACUACGGUGACAUCGUGCAGGUGACGCUCGACAGUUUCACCCUCGGCCGGUUCGUGUCGUACACGGAGAAUGGCUGCCCGGACGGCUAUCUGCAGGUUUCGGAAGCGAAACGGGCCAACGUCGGCGGCAUGUGGUGCGGCACGACCUGGGGCCCGGCCAUCUUCUACAGCGAAACCGAUUCCCUCGUCAUGACGAUCAAACUGUUCAAGCUGUCGCGUGACCAGAGCGGUUACAACUUCGACUUCCGGAUACAGUACAAAAUGCUGUCCCGUGCCAGUGCGGUCGUCCGGUACGGGGGCCACCGGCACGAGUACAUCCCACCGUGGACGAACGUCACGUACAUCCCGAACUAUCCGCUGAUCGAGGACUUUACCAACUCGACCGCACACUCGGAGCACCAGACGUACCAGGAGGCGGGCGGGCUGGGCGCGGGACAGCAGCGCAAUCGGAUGGUUUCGCUCGGUGCAAACGAUCUGCCGUACCCGACGACCUACGACAACAUGACGCGGGCGGGUGGCGGAGGAAUGCUGCAGCGUGGUGGACCCGCGGCCGGUGGGUCAAUGUUUGGCCGGCUGAACGGUUCCACCGACGGCUGGAGCCCGCUGGGCCCGGGCAGCCCCCGGAAGCAGCCGCUCAACUACACCGAACCGCAGUACUACCUGGGCGAUCUCAUGCAGGGUACGUUCUGCUCGCGUAUAUUCACCAACUGCGACAAGAAGGUGUGCCGUCUGCAGUCGCCCAACUUUCCCGGCAUCUAUCCCAGGAAUCUGACGUGCUAUUUCGCCGUUAGGCAGCACGACGUUCCACCAGGUAAGCAUGCGUUCAUCGUCAUCAGUCAGCCGAAGGGCAACCUGAUCUGGAUAUCGACGGAAGCGUCGGCCGGUGCCGCCACGAACGCCGCCCGGGACGAGAAGGAAAAGCACAAACCGCGCCUCCAGACCUGGAACGAGUGUGACAGUGUGCAGGACAGCACGAAUCCGAAGUGGAAAUCAACGGACUACAUUACCGUGUACGAUGGGUAUACGACGCGCGAUCCGAUCAUACUGAAGAUAUGCGGCGGCGGCCAGGCAAUCCCGCAGGCCAUCUCGAGCGGUCCGGAGCUGCUGGUCGAGUUUACCACCUCGCCGUACGGUACGUUCAACACGCCGCAAACCAGCGGCCACUCGCUGCACGGCUUUCAGCUUGAGGUGUCGGUACGCUUCGUCGACAUCCAGACACCGACGUACGCGAAAAGCAAGCGUAUCUGCGAGUUCUGGCUGCGAGGCACCGGUCACGGGGUGCUACAGAAUCCGCUACACUCGCUAGCGCCCAACACAACCUGCCUGUACCAUCUGCAAGGCACGGAGGCACGCGCAAUCGAUGCGAUCAACAUACCGCGCCGAUCGGGCGCCCUGUCCACCUCGCCGACCCGCUUCAAGGUGUGGAUCUCGGUGCUGAAGUUCGAGCUGGCGCCCGAGUUCGGCGCUACCGAGGAGCAGAUGCUCCAGUACCAGACGAAGGAGGACUGCAGCGGCAUGCUGCGCAUCUGGGACGGGCCACUGCGCGAGGUGCCCAACUGUAAGGAUGUCAGCUGUCUCACCACCGAUAAGGAUGGAACGCAGCGGAGCAGCGUACGGUUCGGUGCCAACACGACCAACAUCAUCGCUCGGUACUGUCGCGGUUCGGUGCCUCGGUCGUGCGACCACGGCAUCCUCAAUAUGAGCAGCUCGCGGCCCUGCACCCUGUCGGAGAGUUACGUCUCCAGCAGUGACUUUGUGACGCUCGAGCUGAAGACGUCCGACUCGACCGUGCUGCGGCCGCUCCAGUUUGCGCUGCGGUACGAGUUUGUCGAUCUGCUGCAGGACGGGACGGCGAUCGGUGGGGAGAAUGAGUGCCACCGGCGCUUUGCCAGCAGCCAGAUGGAGCGGAAAGGACCGCACCCGGUACGGAGUGUGCGGAACAUCUUCCUGUUUGGACGGGGCGGUGCCAAACACCUGCACUGUAUCUAUCGCUUCGAAGCACAGCGCGGUGAACGGGUGCGGAUCGAAAUCAACCGUGCAAUGACCGGCAACCGUACGUGCGAUUCGCGCGUCGAUCCGGACACGGGCCGCUCGUACUGCUUCGGCGACAGUACGGCACGGGUCGAGAUCUUCGAGCGUCCCUGGCACGAGUCGAUCCUGUUCCCGCGCGGCUGCAUCUGCAACUCGACCAACAACUCCUACCUGCCGAUCGUGUUCACCUCCACCGGGCGGGAGGUGGAGAUCCACUUCACCACCGCCAACAUGACCAACGAGGACGAUCCGGACACGCUCAGCUUCGAGGCGUCGUACGAGUUCGUGAAGGGUCCGAUGAUGUGCAAGGACGUGCGGCGCAAGAACGCCAUCACCGGUGUGGUGACACUCUCGUCGGGCGAUAUUGAGUGUCGCAAUCGACCCUGGUUGAUAGAGCCAUCGUACGAUCGGUACCUCUACAUCCGCCUCAAAGGGCUGUUUCUGCGCAAGUUUAACCCAGCAACACCGCUCGCGUACAAUGCCAGCUUCAGUGCGGUAACGCCGAUCCGUUGCUACACAAAAUCGCGCGUCAUCAUUACGAACGGUGAGGGCAUCUCGGUAACGGCCUGUCCACUGCCCGAGGAGACCAAACACCGGCACGUGGUGGAGGUGUUCAGUGCCGGCUGGGGCCGUAAGCACCCAUUCUUCGGGGCGGAAGCAUCGCGCGUCGUUUCGGUCGAGUUUCUCAACCCGGACGAGGGUGGCCACUAUGCGUUCAGCUGGCUCGAGCUAACGAAACGUCCGUCGGCAAGUUAUGCUCUAGUGCAAGAGGAGUGUCCGUAUCUUUGUCCGGAUCUGAACGCGUGCGUCAACGCUUCCAUCUGGUGCGACGGCAUCGAGCAGUGCCCGUCCGGUGAGGACGAAGCGUUUACGCACUGUUCGGCACUGUUGCGUCUGCCGGCCGAGCUGCUGGCAGGGCUGAGCGUCCUGCUGCUGGUGCUUUGCUGCGGAUUGUUCGGCUAUCUAUAUAGAAAAAUCAAACGCAACUGCCGGCGGACGAGCGUGCUGCAGACGCGCCUCAAAUCGCUCAGCUCGAUGGAUACGGCCGUGUUCGAGGACAAGGAGGUGAUUUGCUGACAAAGCGACAAUUCUGUACGGUACGUGGAGAUUGACCGCGUCACCACGGUCUGACCGCGUCAUCGACCAGCGCCAGGCCGAAACCGUACAGAAUUGUCUUCCCAGCGAGCACGCAACGCGACGAACGACGCACGACAGCAACAGCAUGCCAAACGAGCGCCAACCGGGCGACGACACUACCAGUGAGCAGCAGCAGCAGCAGCAGCAGCAGCAGGAACAUGAUGGACUGAGCAAUAAUAGCGGCAAAGUUUCGUGUACUUCUUUUCUACUCUCGACUCUCCUUGCGGCGAGGGCGAUGGAGCGGUAAAGCGCCCUCUAGGAGGAAAACUAAGAGAGCAGCCAGUUAAGAGAGUCUACUAAGCGAAGGGCAAACUUCCCCCUGAUAAAAAAAAAACUUCAUUUACACUUUAGCGAUAUUGUAGUAGCGAACAUGUUAGCGCAAAAAUCUAAAUCACAUUCACACUCAAACACUAGGAACAAAUAAGGCAAACUGGGUGCGUGGGGACCCCUCACGAAGGACCCCCUUCUCGGUACCUUGUUAGCCAUUCUAAUUUUACGACGUUUUACUCUAGCGAACGAUUGUAGAAGGGCAGCUUCCGCUGCAUGAGAUAAAAAAGGGUAAUAGUGGGAGCGCCAAAAUCAGAAUGUGAGAAAGAUAGGGAGGAAUAGAAGAAGAAGAGAUCUCUCUUGGCCAGGGAGGUCCGAUUCAAAGCUACUACUACUGUACUACGUUUUAGUAUUACUUCUAGUGAAACCAGUACAAUUAUUACAAUACUAUUAAGUUGAUAAUUGAAUUGGUCGUGGAAAUGCGAGAGAAUAGCGUUGUGCUGUUAGAUGAUCGUCGAUGAUGUUAAGCUAAAAGAGACCCUUUCAGAAAGGUCAGAAAGUAGAAAUCAAAAGUGAAGCGAGAGCAAGCGAAUGAUGAUUAGUUUUAGUUUUAAUCGCUUUUUCUCUCUUAUUGUUUACCAAACAACACAGAUAAAUUGCCAUAUUUGUGUUAAUAAGAGCGAUAUAUCUAUUAUUACCAUCAACAACACACAAACACACAGCGUUUGCAGAGCUUUUCGAAGAGCGAAACUAUCAAAAAAAAAACAAAGAAAAGCAAGAGACGUGGUCUUUUAUGCCUCAAUUCUAUGGAGGAUUCGGCACACGGGAGAAGCAAAAAAAAAGGAAAGGGAGCUGGGAAAUAGUAUUAUUAGCGAAGAGAUGUAGGAAAGAUGGGUAGAGUUUAUCUAGCAAAAAAAAAAGUUGGUUACGAAAGUGUAAAAACACGACCGCCAGCGGGCAUCCCCGUUCGGCGUAAGGUUAUUAUGAUGUGGACCGUUGUUCAUUAUUAAUUGAAUUGAAAUUGAAUUGUAUGUUACACAGCGCGGUUGGAAAUGGUAAAAUGUAACUUCCGUGUUUUUCUUCCAACAAAAAAAAGGAAGAGGAGAACGAGAGUGAAGGUUAGAGGAAAUUGUAAAAGAAUUAAAUAGAAAGGAAUGGGGAGAGAUAGAGAGAAUAUUAAACAAAUGAUUAAAUCAAACAAUUUAAAGCAAAAGGAUGAAAAUACUGAACUCUGGGUGGUAUUGUGUAUCGGUAGAAGUGGAAUUUUAAAAUAUUAAAACUUAAAGCAAAAUUAAUACAAAGAAAGUAUAGUAACUAAUUAACGCAGUCGCAGAUUAGAGAAAAAAAACUGAAGAAGAGAAAACAAAAAAAACACUUCUCCUUCUCCUCCGUUCUGUGAAGGAAAAACUGGAUGCGUGUUAGAAGAAACUUAAAGUUUGCUAAUGCAAAAACCCGUUCAAGAUCAAAAACAUUCAAAAUAAUAUUUAUGUAAGAGCAGAAGUAUAAAAAAGCAGUUUUUCAAUUAAUAGAUCUGUUGAAAAGGGGGAAUGGGGACUCUCGACGACCACUCGCCCCAUAGAAAGAGAAAAAUAGAGUUUGAUUAAUGGUAACAAAGGUUUGGUGAGUGUGUGUGCGUGUGUGUGUCUGUCUCACAACGAAAAACACUAAGCCACGGACCAAAAAAACAAAUACUAAUCGCUAUUAAACAAAAAAAAAACAAAAUUGGCUUACAAAAGCCAUCGUAGGAAGGAAGUGGGAAUACCACAGGUGUGUAACGGAUGCUGUACAUAUACAAGUGAGUGAGUGAUAAGAGACGGAUAUAAUGUCGGAAAUGGUGUGAUAAAUGCACACCGUUUAUUCUUUUUUUACUUUGGUAACGAAAAUGUUAUGUUUUUUCAAUCAAAAUAAUCCUUAUUACUAAUGGAAUUACUAAGAGACGCUACACACGAACGGUACGUACAGUUGGUGUAUCUUUUUUGUAUUGCUUUUUUAGUACACCAGCGAGAAACCUACUUAGUAACGGUCAAUUUUCAUGUUAUAUGUAUUCUCCCUUUUUUGUAAUCACGGAUUUAAAAUUGAAAAAAGUACUGCCAAUCUGCUUUAAAACUGUGCGGUCACGGAGAUCACAUCAUUGUGGAAGCGUUACGCAAUGUAACAUGCGUUACGCACGAACAAGAGACGAACCCCACUUUCCCUCACACACUCUCUCUCUCUUACACUCUCUCAAAAACUGCCAAAAUGCGUUCGACUACGAUUUACCACUCGAUUACGGUUGUUUCCGUUGUACUUGCCGUGCCGCGUGUGGGGGUUGUGCGCGCAGCUAACCGUCAGCACUGUCCACUAACGCGUUGGAGCGUCUCCCCAACGAGUCAUAUCUCGAGCGUAUGUUGCAUCCCAAUGUAUGGUGAAAGCGUUAUACACACGUUAAAUUUAUAAUCACACAACCAAAACUGCCAAAAACAAAAACGGACGAGAGGAGCUCAAAAGCAAAUCAACUGAACACGACACUAAGCGUUAUCAUUUUGACUGUUUUGGUUUAGAUUGUUGCAAUUCGCUUAAGCAUUUGUUAACUCGCUACAGUACACCACGUAUGAGGUACGUGAAAAGAAUAGCAGUGAAAAGGACGAAACAUUAAGGUUAGUAAAAUUAAAUCCAACUAGUUGUGGUAGAAAGAAGAAGGAAAAUGAAAUAGAUAAAAGAGUAGUUUUUUGUUUUGUUUUUAUUGCCCCUUCCCGUAAUGUAGCAUGUAAAGGAAAGUUGUAAAAGCCCCGUUCAGAGACGAACGUACAAAGGAAACCCGACAACACACACAUUUACACCUGUUAGAGAAUGCAAAAACAGAAACAGGAAAAGGUACACUUGUUAAAACUGAAGCAAGAAAUGCUGUUUCGCUGCUGUUUACUACCUUUGCUGAGUUUAGUAGUUAAUUUGUUGGAAAGGAACGAAGCGGAAACAGUGUUUGUUUUCCUUCCUUGAAAAGCCUAGCAGUAAACGUUGAACGAAAAGAGAAGAGAACCGAUUAAAUAUUAGAAAAAAAUUGCCCAUUCUCUUUGCUCCACGAUUAAAGAGUUUUCGUCCAAACUGCUCGCAAUGCGUCACUAUCACUGAGUGAGUGAAAAGCAAAGCUAACAUCGGAAACAUUUUUAAAGUGAAAGAAACCCCGCUCCAAGCACUUUAUGAGGCCCUUGUGGAACGUUUCGAUUCCUUUUUCUAAACCCAAAAAAUAUAUAUAGAAAACUGCAUCUUUGAUAUUAACAAUUCAUAGAGAAGCAAAGAACCGAUUUAAUCCCAUUUGCAAAUUUGCCAAACAUGUAGAACAAACACACACUUCACAAAAACAGACAACAGGAGAAGAGCAUCAGGCUCACGAUGUACAAGAUUUCUCACACUAUCAAAUUGUUGUAAAAUAGUAAAACAAGCGAAAGACUCCCUCUUUCUCUUUCUCUCUCGCUCUCUCUCUCUCUCUUUCUAUAAAAAAAGAAUAGAAAAAUAAACCAGUUACAAAACUAGUAAAAGAACAAAAAUCAAUCGCGCGCGCUUGAUUAAUGUAGUAAAAGAGCACCACCACCCUCCAUAUAAAAAAGAAAACACAAACCGAGCUAAAACAGAUAUGCAAACAGAUAAAACAAGCAACAAAAAAAUGAUAAGGAAUAAGCUACAGAAACAAAACAAAAACAAAGAAAUAAAAACAGAAAUUUUGCACUUCACUAUUCUGAAUUCAGCUCAAAAAGAGAGGAAACAAUGGAAUGCAAGACGAAUCCAAGACUUCAUGACAAUAAAAACGGGCGGACGGGCGAGGCGAAGAUAGAGAAAGAGGGAAAGAAGGAGAAAUUGUUUAAACCACUGAGAAGAUGAAUAGAGAAAAGCGAGACUAAAGUGAAAUAGAGCAAAACAGACAAACAAACAAACAAAAACACAAUGAAGAAACGCUAGAUUUGUACUCGAUCGAGAAGAGAACGUAAAGUAGUAAAGAGGAGUAAAGAGGAGUGGCGACACUGUACUAUGGGCCAAAAGCCAGGGCUGGACACAUAACACACAAAACAGACUAAACUGAGACAUGUCAAAAAUCAAUCUACGAAUGUUCCUUUUUCACUGUUUUUUCGUUUCAUUUAUUAUUGCUACACUACCUCCCGGAUAAAGAACUGAAGACAUUAAUGAAAGAAAAAUGGUAAACAGGUUUAACGAAACGUUCUGCGCAAGCAGAGCGCGCAGGAAGGAAGAAGCAAAAGCAUCAAAAUGAGAAGGAUGUAAGCAAAAACCAACCAAUUGUCGAUUGAAGGUGCUUUCGUGGUUUUAGCAAUUGGGUUUUCUUUUCUUUUUUCUUUCCCCUUUCUCAUUUUGCAUACAAAAGGUGCAAAAUAAAUAGUAAAAAAUGAAGACACAUGGAAUUUAAGAUAAUCGCUCGUUGAUGAUAUGAUUAACGUUUAGCAGGAAAUGACUAAUAACCGCGCGUCACAUUAUAGAGAGGGAGAGAGAGGCAGGAAAGAAAAGAGUAAAGCGAUACCAGAUUAAGAAAACUUUAUAAUGAACCAAAAGGAAAAGAGAUAAACUUACAACACGAUUGACGCUGCAUCGAAAGUGAGAUAUGUAAGGGUUAAGAUGAGAUUAGAAAGAGAUUGCCGCGUGAAAAUCAAGCUAAAUGAAAAAAAAAUACGUGAUCCUAGGUAUUCACAACGGGGAGGGGACUGUAGAAAUGUUUAGACAAAAGAAAGAAACUGAGAAGAAAAAAAAACAAUUAAAGGAAACUGUAAGAAA